CAUCGAUGUCAUUGAGGAAAGCAUCGAAGUUUCUCCACCUCUAGCGUUUUGCUUUGGUUGAAAAUACAAUUAAAAAUUGAUUCCGAAGUAUUUAAAUAUUCAGCAUCACCAGCCAUAAAAAUCUGAGAAAAGUGGGAAAAGCGGCAUUCCAAAUACCAAAAGAAGCUCAAAAAGAAAAAUUUGCAAGGCUGCGUCUGUGUGAGUGAGCGUGUGCGAGCGCGCCCGUGUGUGUGUGCGAGUCUUUUUUGCCUUUGGUGCGUGCGCUAAGAAAAGAAGGAAAACACACAAAAACACAAGAAAAGUGCAGGAAAAGGAACCAAAUAUACAAAAUAAACAAACAACUGCCGCUGCAAUGGAGAAGAGAAUAGAACUGGAGCGACGCGCCCGCAAAGUAAAUCAGAUCACAGAGUUGAAUCUGGACAAUUGCCGGAGUACAAGCAUCGUUGGCCUUACAGACGAAUACACCGCCUUGGAAUCACUAAGCUUGAUCAACGUGGGUCUCACCACACUCAAAGGUUUCCCCAAGCUGCCCAACUUGAAGAAAUUGGAGCUGUCCGACAAUCGGAUUUCGAGCGGCCUCAACUAUCUGACCACCAGCCCCAAACUGCAAUAUCUGAACUUGUCCGGCAACAAGAUCAAGGAUCUGGAAACCCUGAAGCCCCUGGAAGAGUUUAAGAAUCUAGCAGUGCUGGAUCUGUUUAAUAACGACGCCACCCAGGUGGACAAUUAUCGCGAGAAGAUCUUCAAGAUGCUGCCAUCGUUAAACUUUUUGGAUGGUUUUGAUUGCAACGAUGAGGAGGCGCAAUCCGAGGGCGACGAUGAUGAUGAGGUCAACGGCAACGAUUCCGAGGAGGAAGAUAAGCGCAGUGCCUUCUGUUUAAAUGGUCUAGAAAUCGAUUUAGACGAGCUCGAGGCACUGGAGCAGCGCGUCAAGGCGAAAAAUAGUUUGCAGGACAAACCGCCUCCGCAAUCGGAGGACAAUGAAGUAGACGACUUAGAUGAGUACCUGAAAGAGCUGCAGUUGAGGGAAUCCACAGCUACCGCAACCGAUGAAAAAUCUGUGAUAAAGGCGACCCCACAGCCCCCUAGCAAUCCAAACUUAAAUUUCGCCAUCCUGCUCUAUUGGUUCUUUGCUAUUUUAAAUUUGGCUAAUGCCACAUAUUUUUCCGGUGACGAUGACGACGAGGAGGGUGACAGCGAUGAUAGCGACGAGGAGGACAAUGGCGAGGUGUCCCUUUCGGAGGUGUACAAUGACGAUUUAGAGGAGGAUAACUCCGACUGGGAGGGCGAGGGCGAAGGUGGCGAGGACGACGAGGAUGAGGACUCCGAUAUUGAUGAUGCCGAUGGCGAUGCAAACGAAUCUGCUGCAUCAGUAAAUGCCAAGGAUGGCAAGGAUGGCGAAAAGGCAGGAGACGAUUCGCAAGCACGGGGCAAGAAGAGAAAGCAUGAUGGUUAAAUCUCCUCCAUCUGUCGCUGUAUCGUCAUUGUACGUUAUAAAUUUAAAUAUACACCCACACACACAAAACAAACACACAGCCACACACAUCAUAUUUUGAUAGAAAAAGAUGAUUAACCCUUUAGGAAGCCCACAAUUUGUUUCUCUAAAAUGUAAGCUAAAAAUAAUGAAAAUCGAAAAAAAAAAAAACACGGAGCAGAAAAAGGCGGGGAAAAUGAACGUAAUAAUCAAACAAAGCAAAGCAAAAGAGAAAAUAUGUUUAAGCGAGCAAAACCAAGAGGUUUUCAAGAGAAACCAAGUAAACAACCAAUAAAAAACGCAUUACUAUAGCCUCAUCCGAACCCAAGUUCCAGUUGCAAUUUUAACACCUUCGUCAAAUUUGCAAUACGAAAUCACCUUCACAUUGUAAAAUUGAUUAGUUAUCGAGUAUAUAGUUACGACCUGUACAAUCUUUAACCAUCUAAUGACUUGCUGUUAAAUUUCAACCAAGAACUGGGAAACAAAACAGCCUUAAACAUUUUAUUUGUACAACUGCGGCUUUGUCAACAUUUCGCGUGAAAACGAUCACACAAUUACUGCUAAGAACUUUUAACUAACUCUUAAGUCAUUCCUUCUUUGAAUACGCAUAAGUUAAGCGAAACCCAACUUCAUUCACUUUCACAUUUUCAUUGUUACCAAUAUUCCCGACAUUUUAACAACCAGCGUCUCUUUCUUAGCGUAAUGAACUCACAAUUGAGCAUCCUAAAUUGUUUUCCUUUAUGUACUUUUAAGUAAAAAUACCACAUACCCAAAUGUUUCCACUUAUUCAACGGCAGUAGCAUGUUUUCAUUGAAUGUGGCGAGUAAAUCUGAUACACACAAUUUUAGAGAAGAUUUUUCAUUUAAUAAACAUAUAUGCAAACAUUUAUUAUUGAAGCAGGACCAGCGUUUGUUUAACGAGAUGAAAUGUACCAGCCCAUUGAAACUGAAAUACAUAAACUAAAUCAUUUUAAAAA